CUGUUAUUAACCCGGUGGAGUUACGUCACUUCCGGUUGCUGAGCGGGGUCGGAGGCCUGGGGAAGCGGAAGUGGGGCUGCGGUCGCGGCGAGCGCCCAGUGGCUGCCGGUGUCUCGGCGAUCCCCGUGCCCCGCAGCUUGAGUCUAUGGUUCCUGCCCCGGGCUGGGUCCUCCAGCGCCCGCUAUGCCGCGAUACUGCGCCGCGUCCUGCUGCAAGAACCGGGGAGGCCAGAGCGCCAGGGACCAGCGCAAGCUGAGCUUCUACCCGUUUCCACUUCAUGAUAAAGAAAGACUUGAGAAAUGGUUGCGGAAUAUGAAGCGUGACACAUGGACUCCCAGUAAGCACCAGCUCCUGUGCAGUGACCAUUUUACCCCUGACUCCCUUGAUGUGCGAUGGGGAAUUCGAUAUUUGAAACAUACUGCAAUACCAACUAUUUUCUCUUUGCCUGAUAAUCAGGAAAAAGACUCUUCUCAGCACAAGCCACAAGAGAUAAAAACAGAGGAUGGGGAGGAAAUCAGUGUGUGUAUAGAGUCAGAUAAUGUAUCUGCUUCGUUUGAGCCUUGUUCGCCAAAGAAAAGUGUCACAAUUGCAGAAAGGCUAGAUGAAAAAACUCAAGCAAUUUGCUUAUCAACCCUGAGCAAACCUCCACAACAGAAAGUGUCGUUUCAGAACACAGAAAACUUGCAAGCAGGCACCAUAAUUCUUAGUUCAUCAGAGCAGCAUAUUCAGCAAACACCUGUUUUAAUGGCAGAAACUGUCCAGAACAUAGAAGCAAGUAAUAUUCAUACAUCGGUAGAGAAUCUUUUAAGUUGUACAGCCACAGUUUUGCAAGUUACAGACGCUGAAUACUUGGAUUCAUCUUUGAAAUUUAAAAAUGCGGGUGGACCAAUUAUUGACCAUCUAGCUGAGAAUCCUAACUCACAUAUUGCAGUCUGCUCUGUGGAAGUACAGCCAAGUGAAAAUGCAGUUUUCUUCAGUACAAUCGCACGAACUAUCGAACAGUUUAAUGGAAAUGAAGAAUCUGUCAUUGCUAUCAUUGUGCCUGCUGAGUGUUCUAAAGAGCCUUCAAUGGUAAGUAGUUCUUUCAUGCCUAUUAAACAGGAGUUCAUAGACAUGGAAGAAAUAGAAAUUCAAAAAUCUGCAUAUAUAAACAAUUAUGGUGAAACUGAAAUAUUACAAACUGAGCAUUCAUAUUGCAGACAAGACAUAGACAGGGAUCAUCUUUGGCAAAAAAUUGCAAAGCUGCAUUCUAAGAUAACACUCCUUGAAAAACAGGAAAGAAGAACUUUAGGUAGGCUCAAAUCCCUGGAAGCUCUUAUUGGACAACUAAAACAGGAGAACCUGCUUUCUGAAGAAAAGCUCAAGAUUGUAGAAAAUUGUUUCACAACAUUUGAAGUGACUAUGAUACAAUAAAAUCUUUAAAAUGA